AUGACACCCAAUCACGUUGCAAAAAAACCAGUAAAAAGCAAUCCUUACGCAAACUUUGCUGAUGAGAAUGAAAUUAGGGAUGCCCCAAAUGUCCACGAUUCAAUAAAGACUAUGCAAUUGAGAAUUGCCCAUUUGAUGAAUCGAAAUAAAAAUGACGAUGAUUUAAAAAAAAAUGUCAAUUUUAAUGAAUCUCCAGGAACAGAAAGUGGUGUAGGUACGAAAAAGUUAAGUGCAGAAAAUUCAGCUAUUUCCAAACUCCUUAACAAUAAAUUAUUUCAAAGAAAUUCAUGCCCAAAUGUUUCAAUUCCUACCAAUAAUAAGAGUAUUGAUAAAGAACCAGUUUUAGGCAAAAGCCCAAAAUCAUUUGCACACGAUAAAAUCUCAAAUCUAAAUAAAAUGAUAGAUGCAAAUUAUAAAAAAAAAUUAACCACUACUUUGCAAACGAGAAAUAAUAAAUAUGAUGAUAAAAAAAACAUAAAAUGUGAUAGUAAAGAAAGAAAUAGUAAUAUUAAAAAACAAAAUGUAAGUAAUAGCUUUUGUAACAAAAUAAAAAAUUUGUCAAUAAAUAGAUCAAAAUAUUCUGGUCUCACACAUGUAACUAGUGAUAAUGAAGAAAAUAACACUUGCAUAAAUAAAUUCCAGGAUAGUAAAUCUUAUAAAAGUCGAAGUUUGAUAAAAAAUGAAACAAAUGAUUUGUCUUACUUCAAAAAUAAAAAUACUCUUACAGAUGAUUCUACCUGUACACCAGAUGAAGAAAAUAGUAAUAAUGAACUACCCAAAAAAAAAAGUACACAUUUUUUUUUAUAUUUUUUAAAUUUAAAAAAAAAAAAAAAAAAAAAUCGUAAUUCCAACGAAGACAAACAAAAAACUCAAAAAAUUCCUAGCUAUCCAAAUGAUAUUACACCUCCCAAAAAAAAUAAGAGAAGCUUAAAGCAUUUAUUUUUCCAUUAA